AUGAGCAACCAGCAAGGCAUCACCCGCGACGGGAAGGUAUACUCCACGGUGGACAACAACUCAGGAAACAACAACACCCGCGACGCCGAGGUCGCCGAUACCACCGUCCACAAGCACCAAGCGCCAACCGUCAAACACCAGACGGUGAAGCCCGAAGAGCACGAGGAGGUCAAGACCAAAGUCGACAAGGACAUCCACGAAGACCACUACAAGCACAAGGUGCAGCCCAUCUACAAAAAGAAGGAGUUCGGCGAGCAGCACGAGCAGAGAACCGACGCCGUCGAGGAGAAGAACUUUGACGAGCGGGACGACCGGAAGACCAAGAACGUGCAGGCCCGCCAGGCCGGAAAGUUCAAGGACGAGCGCGAGGUCAAGGCUACCAAGAAGACGAAGAGCCACGGUCCCGUUGAGGAGAACGAGCGCGUUCACCAACACAUCCACGAGACGGUUCAACCUGUAAUCCAUGAAGAGGUCGUCAAGCCCAAGGUGGUCCACACCACGAAGCCUGUCCACGAGACGCACCACAAGGCGGCGAAAUACCACGACACAGAGACACUCCCCGCAGUCACCGCCGAGGAGUUCGAAGCCGCUAAGGGAGCUUCGAAGAAAGAUGUUGACGGUUCGGCCAUCGGAGAAAAAUAUGCGCGCAAGGAUUCCGGUGUAGCGACGGAGGCAGGCGAUUCGGCCAACGCAAAAUAUGCGCGCAAAGAUGCCGGCAAGGCGAAGGAUGAUACCCAGGAGGAGGUGCACUUCCCAAGCUUGUUGGAUAAGUUGCCAGCAGUUUUGAAGCCAUCUUCGGCUUAG